CAUUAGUAAGCACCUGUUCCUGGUUAGAAUGAAAGCCAAGCCCCUGCAUAGUUGGGAAAAGGCUAUUUGUAGCGAAUGAACAAUCUUGAAUGUUUUGUAUAUAAUUUUAAAAUAACUUGUGUUUUCUCUUUUCUUUAAGGCUCGCUGAAUACAGUGGUGUUAAAGACCAAGGCAAGGGCACGAAAACGAAUUAUAAAUAAAAUAAAGGAUUUGACACCAACUGGUAAAAUUAUAUAUAAAGAAUACCAGAAAGCCAAAGACGAGGCUAACUUUCUGAAGAGAGCUCGAAGAGCUUUAAAAUUCAGCAAGGACAAGUCCUUUGAAGAAUUAACCAAGGAAAUGAAUCCAUUUGCAAAAACUAUUAUGAAAAUGCAAAUUAAUUUAUGCUCCAAAAGUAAAAAAGGGCGACGCUUUACUGAGGAAGAAAAAUUAAUAGCAUUGUCCAUAAUGAAACAAAGUCCUAAGUGUUACAGAUUUUUACACAAAAUUUUCGUCUUGCCCUCACGAUCAACUCUAAAUAAAAUGGUUGCAAAGCUCUCUAUUGGACCAGGAAUUUGUCAACAAGUGUUUGACUUACUAAAAAAAGAGGUUGCUACAUGGGAUGAGAAAAAAAAAUUUGUUCAGUCAUCUUCGAUGAGAUGUCAUUAGACACUGCUUUAACCUACGAUAAAAACAGAGACUGCAUCAAUGGCUUUGUAGAGUUAAAUGAAAAGCAGAGCCAGUUUGCCGACCAUGCACUUGUUUUCAUGCUCAGAGGAGCGGUGUACAAGUGGCAGCAACCCAUUGCCUUUUAUUAUUGUCAGGGGGCCACAUCAGGGACUGAUCUUAAAAAAAUUCUAAGAGAUGUUGUGGCUGUUCUCGUGGAAUGUGGUCUGAAGCCUAUUUGUGUAAUUUGUGAUCAAGGCACAUCUUUCCAAGCAGCCUUGAAAAGCUUUAGAGAGGACACUAAGCGUGAUCAAAUACUUUCAGAUCAAGAACCAGAUGGCUCAGUUACUAUCAGCGGCGUUAACCUGAGCAUUAUUUAUGACCCGUCACAUUUGAUUAAAGGAAUUAGAAAUAAUUUCUUGAAUAAGAACAUAGUCAUGGAUGGUAAAACAUCCAAGUGGACUGAUAUUGUGGAUGUCUAUGAAACUGACUGUAAACACACAGAGUCUAGACUCCUUCAUAAAUUGAAUGACCAACAUGUCAUUCCUGAAAAAAUCAAGAAGAUGAAAGUGAAGAACUGUGUCAAAGUGCUGAGUUCAACAGUAUCUGCAGCUUUGUCUUAUACAGCUCAAUUUUCACACUAUGCGGAUGGCAGGCCUGUUAGUGGCACGAUAAAGAAUACUGCUGAAACAGUACUGUUUUUCGACAGACUUUUUGAUAGCGUGAAUGGAGCAGGAUCUGCAAAAGAAGCCAGAGGGAAAUUAAGAACUGUAGUAACAAAAAAAUCACCACACCAUAAAUUUUGGCCAGAAGCCAUUAGGAAAUUGGAAAAUUUGAAAGGACAAUGCCAGGGUCUGGGCUCAUAGUUUGCCCAGCAAUGGGAGUAGUUCCAGGGGGUUCCUUAGUGCACUCUGAACACGUAAUGCAAAUAUUUUUGAAAUCGCUCCCUGGGGUCCUGAGGAAAACCGGUUCAAAUAUUCUCCACGAAGAGUCACUUUACAAGGCCUGAGCCAUUUGCCCAGUAGUAAGAGUGGUCAAAGUAGGUUCUUUACUUCAAUCUUAACACGAAAUUAAAAUAUUUUUGAAAUCGGUCCCAGGGGUCCCGCGAAAAACCGAUUCAAAUGUUCUCCUUAGAUAGUCACUUAACAAAGUCUUUGGCAUUUUCCUAGUAGUGGGAGUGGUCAAAAUAGGUUCUUUACUUCACUCUUAACAUGAAAUCCAAAUAUUUUUGAAAUCGGUCCCUGGGGUCCGGAGAAAAACCGGUUCUAAUAUUCCACAUGAACAGUUGCUUAACAAAGCCUGUCUUAUUUACCCAGUAGUGGGAGUGUUUGAAAUAGGUUCCUUACUUCACUUUUAACAUGAAAUUAAAAUAUUUUUGAAAUCAGUCCCAGGGGUCCCGAGAAAAACCGAUUCAAAUGUUGUCCUUAGAUAGUCACUUAACAAAGUCUUUGGCAUUUGCCCAGUAGUGGGAGUGGUCAAAAUAGGUUCUUUACUUCAGUCUUAACAUGAAAUCCAAAUAUUUUUGAAAUCGGCCCCUGGGGUCCGGAGAAAAACCGGUUCUAAUAUUCCACAUGAACAGUCGCUUUACAAAGCCUGUCUUAUUUACCCAGUAGUGGGAGUGAUUGAAAUAGGUUCCUUAAUUCACUUUUAAUAUGAAAUUAAAAUAUUUUUGAAAUCGGUCAAAGGAGACCCGAGAAAAA